UUCUCAAAAUUACAACCUUGUCCGGUCAUCUUCAUUUUCGGAGAGAAACCCAAAUAAAAUUGAAGAGAGAGAAACCCCAGAAAGAAAAAAAGGAAACUGGUUUGUGUGAAAUGCUGGUGACCGAGUAGCAACGCGGUGGCGCUGCCACGGCGGUGUGAGAUCUUUCGGCGGUUCUGAGCAUUUCCGGCUACAGUUUGGCGAUAUGGGUUCCGGCCAGGUUAGCGGCGGUGGCGGUGGCGGCGGUUCUAGUGGUGGUAACUCUAGUUGUUGUGAUAUGACUCUCAAGUGUUGGUGUAGGUGGAGAUUAGAGAGCCAGCACUACUAUAACCGGUUUUUUUCGUCUGGUUUCGUUUUCUUCUUCGGAUGUUUCGUUUUGUUCGGAUCAAUAGCAAGCCUCUAUGGUUGGCUUGCUUUCUCGCCCACUGUGCACACCGCUCUCUCCCCUUUUGGUUGUCAAGAGGACAAUGAGGGUUCUUGGUCAAUCGGUAUUUUCUAUGGUGACUCCCCCUUCUCUCUUAAACCCAUUGAAACUGCGAAUGUAUCGAACGAUGACAGUGCUGCUUGGCCUAUAGCUAAUCCUGUGGUGACGUGUGCUUCUGUUUCUGAUGCUGGCUUUCCUAGUAAUUUUGUUGCUGACCCUUUUCUUUUUAUUAAGGGUGAUAUUUUGUACCUGUUCUAUGAGACAAAGAAUCCAGUCACUAUGCAAGGUGAUAUUGGAGUAUCAAAAAGUACUGAUAAGGGAGCAACAUGGCAACAACUGGGAAUUGCCUUGAAUGAGGAUUGGCAUCUUUCUUAUCCAUAUGUCUUUGAGCAUGAAGAUCAGAUAUAUAUGAUGCCUGAGGGCAGUAAAAAAGGAGAUCUUCGUCUCUACAGAGCAAUUAACUUUCCUUUGCAGUGGAGAUUGGAAAAGGUCAUCAUGAAAAAGCCCCUUGUUGAUUCUGUUAUCAUCAAUUCUGAUGGGAGGUAUUGGCUUUUUGGCUCAGACCAUAGUGGAUUUGGCACCAAGAAAAAUGGGCAGUUAGAGAUUUGGUAUAGCAGUUCACCUCUUGGUCCUUGGAAACCUCAUAAGAAAAAUCCCAUUUAUAACAUUGACAAGAGCUUGGGAGCUCGCAAUGGAGGCAGGCCAUUUAAAUACGAAGGAAAUCUUUAUCGUAUGGGUCAGGACUGUGGUGAUACAUAUGGGAGAGGGGUGCGUCUCUUUAAGAUUGAAACUCUUAACACUGAAGAAUACAAAGAAAUUGAAGUACCCUUGGGCUUUGUGGAGCCAAACAAGGGUCGAAAUGCUUGGAAUGGUGCUAGAUACCAUCACUUAGAUGUACAACAUCUGCCGUCUGGUGGCUGGGUUGGUGUUAUGGAUGGGGAUCGUGUUCCUUCAGGAGAUUCAAUCCGGCGGUUCAUGGUUGGUUGUGCUUCUGUUGCAGUUGCGGCUGUACUCAUUGUGCUAUUAGGGGUGUUACUUGGAUUUGUGAAUUGUAUUGUCCCUCUCAACUGGUUCAUCCAUAACUCUGAGAAGAAGAAUUUACCUAUCUUGUCUUGGGAAAGGUCAAAUUUGUUCAGUUCAAGAGUAAUACGGUUUUGCAGCCGCUUGAACAGAGCCCCAACAUUUCUUCGAGGUAAGAUAAAACAUAAUGCUUGUGCUAGGAGGUUUAUUCUUGCUAUAAUAUUUGCUGUGGGUGUUGGAUUGAUGUGCAUAGGAUUUAGAAAUAUCUAUGGAGGUAACGGUUCAGAAGAACCUUACCCGUUGAAAGGACAAUAUUCCCAGUUCACAAUGUUAACAAUGACAUAUGAUGCUCGUCUCUGGAACUUGAAGAUGUAUGUGAAACAUUACUCAAGAUGCUCUUCUGUUAGGGAGAUAGUUGUGGUGUGGAACAAGGGAGUCCCUCCUAAACUGAGUGAUCUAGAUUCUGCAGUACCAGUGAGGAUCAGGGUAGAGGAAAAGAACUCUCUAAAUAAUCGGUUCAAGGUCGAUCCAUUGAUCAAGACACGAGCUGUCCUUGAGCUUGAUGAUGACAUUAUGAUGACAUGUGAUGAUGUUGAGAGAGGUUUCAAGGUGUGGCGUCAGCAUCCAGAUCGGAUUGUUGGAUUCUACCCUCGGCUUAUUGAUGGGAGUCCCUUAAAAUAUAGGGGAGAAAAAUAUGCCCGAAAGCAUAAAGGGUACAACAUGAUUCUUACUGGUGCAGCUUUUAUUGAUUCUAAAUUAGCUUUCAAUAGGUACUGGGGUGAGGAAGCCAAGCAAGGGAGGGAAAUGGUGGACAAGUACUUUAACUGUGAAGAUGUGCUUUUAAAUUAUUUGUAUGCAAAUGCAAGCUCAUCGUCGAGGACUGUUGAUUAUGUGAAACCAGCUUGGGCAAUUGACACUUCAAAGUUUUCUGGUGCAGCAAUCAGCAGAAACACAAAAGUGCAUUAUCGAAUGAGAAGCCAUUGCCUCAUGAAAUUUGCAGAGAUGUAUGGAAGUUUAGCUGAUCGAAAAUGGGGAUUUGACAGUAGGAAAGAUGGUUGGGAUGUAUAGUAGGGAGUUUUUUUCUUAUAGCUAGGUCCUUGCCAACUUAUGUAUUUUUACAUCUAUGGGGGUAUAAAGUGUGAAGUCUAUACUUGUACCCCAUUGUGAAUCUUAUUUCAGGGGUUUUUGGAAUAGAAUGUCUGCAACAUGUAAUUAUGUCCUUGUCAUGUUAAUUUUUUUAAUUUGUGCCUCCUACUCACCGGGGAUAAUUUGUGAUGUUGAGAUGAGACAAAUGAGCAUGAUUCAAGAAGGGUGAAACAAAUGGAAAAUAGGUGUAGAACUGUUUGGAAAGACAUUCCAUAGAAAAUGUAAUUCUGAUCCUGACAUUGAUUAUAGUUCUGAUUGGUUUUUGACUAUUUUCUAAGCCUGUGAGGGUAGCUUUCUGUUAUUGUUUUAUUGACUUCGGUUUCUGGUUUAGGAGGGAUGAAUAUGAACUGUGACAGAUGGACA